CGGGCUCCGGGUGUUGUGUUGGGCGGAUGUUCUGCUCCCUGCAGGCAGGACGCGGUGCUGGUCCGGGUGAGGCUGCGGGUGGCGGCUCCUUGACGCAGGCACAGCUGACGGGAUGUGACACACCGGGAACUGCCGGGGAUGCCGGAGGCAUCGCUGGGCUGAGCAUCCUCUGCUCUUCCAGGUGAAUUGUCACACAGGUGUGCCACCCGCAGGCUGACCAGGGCCGGGAUUCCUUGUGCUGGGGAGCCCCGGGGCGCCCGCCCAUCGCUGGAUUCGCUCCGUGCGACCGGAGGCACCGGCGGAGCCGCCCCGCCCAUCACCCGCCCCGCGCUCUGAUUGGCCAGCGGCGCCCGUAGGGGCGGUGCCCGCAUUAGCCACGCCCCUCACGGGACGCCAGCCCCCGCCGCGCCCCGCGUGGCCCCGGUCCCGCCGCCCCCCCGCGCCCCGGAGCGGCCGCUGCGCCCCCCGAGAGCCCCGGCAGGCCGGCAUGGCGCGGCCCCCCGUGCCCAGCUCGCAGAAGGCGCUGCUGCUGGAGCUGAAGGGGCUGCAGGAGGAGCCCGUGGAGGGGUUCCGGGUCAGGCUGGUGGACGAAGGGGACCUGUACACCUGGGACGUGGCCAUCUUCGGCCCCCCGGACACGCACUACGAGGGCGGCUACUUCAAGGCUCGUCUCCGCUUUCCCAUCGACUACCCCUACUCUCCUCCUGCCUUCAGGUUCCUAACCAAGAUGUGGCACCCCAAUAUCUAUGAGACAGGUGAUGUCUGCAUCUCCAUCCUGCACCCGCCCGUGGAUGACCCGCAGAGCGGGGAGCUGCCAUCGGAGCGCUGGAACCCCACCCAGAACGUGCGAACCAUUCUGCUGAGCGUGAUCUCACUGCUGAAUGAGCCCAACACGUUUUCCCCAGCCAACGUGGACGCCUCCGUGAUGUACCGCAAGUGGAAGGAGAGCAAAGGGAAGGACCGGGAGUACACAGACAUCAUCAGGAAGCAGGUGCUGGGCACCAAGGUGGACGCUGAGCGGGACGGAGUGAAGGUCCCCACCACGCUGGCUGAGUACUGUGUGAAGACCAAGACUCCAGCCCCAGAUGAGGGCUCAGACCUCUUUUAUGAUGACUAUUAUGAGGAUGAUGACAUGGAGGAGGAAGCAGAGAGCUGUUACGGUGAUGAGGAUGACUCCGGCAAUGAGGAAUCUUGAUGGCCCUCUGGCAUUGCAAAACUUACUAUAAACUACUGAAUUUUACCUCAACUAGAACAAACUGGUUUGAAUUUAGGAUCUGUCAGCCCUGAAAUUAACUCUCUACCUCGCAGGGAGACUGUUCUGCUGUUGCAAAGGAAAUCCCAUCGCUGUCUUUGUAGGAAAAGAUAAACCCCCUAUUUUAUAAACUUCCUGGGGGUGGGUGGAGAGGGGGAAGCUGUCUUGGGAUGUUCACAAAGCCACAGAAACUGAGGUGCUGGUGUCUCUGCCUGGCUGAGGAGUGACAACCAGGCCUGGUGUUGGCUGCCCCUCAUUUGGGUCGGUUCAGCUUCUCUUCAGCCCCACAGGGUAGGAGCAGUUUGGGGAGCUGGUGGGGGUGGUGAGUGGUUACUUUGGUGGGGGGGCAACAUGUGAGUGCUGUCUUGGCUUUCAGCAUCUUUUAGGGUUCAUCCUGCAGCCAUCUGGGCUGUCCCACAGGACCCUUUUGCCUUUCCUGCCCAUGAUGCUGGAGCUGUGUUCACAGGGAGAAGGACACCAGGGAGGACUUGCCCAGCAGCCACCAGCACUGGCAUGUGGGGAUAGUCUGUUUGUGGUUUUGAACUCGCUGGGAGGGAUGGGGUCAUGCUGAGUAUUUCUGCUUCUGUUUUCUUUUUUUGGACACUAUUUAAUAAAGUUCUUCCAGGGAA